AUGGCCAGCGUUGAAACAGGGCCCAUCACUACAGGCUGGGGUGACUAUGUCGCACCCUAUACGACGCUGGAUGUAUCCAACAAGGCCGUGGGUGGAUGCAGCGCGCGGUCAUUUACGCGCGAAGGGCGGUUCGAUGCCAUUGCGGCGGAAGUACGAGCCGGAAACUGGGUGAUCAUCGAGUUCGGCCACAACGACGGCAGGUCAUUGUCGACGCAUAAUGGCCGCACGGACUGCUCGGGCACGGGAGACGAGAUGUGCACAACAACCUACGACGGACAGACUGAGACGGGUGCUGACAUUUCCGGCAUAUUUGAAGAACACGGCCAAGCUACCCCUAACAACCCCUGGGAGACGGGGACCUUCUAUUCUCCGUCGCGAUUUGUUGAAUACGCGAAACUGGCAGCCGAGGCGGUGGGCGUCGCCUAA